GGCCAGUGUGGGGGUUCGGCGGGGCCGCGUCCUACCUUUUAGUGAGUGGCUCCUCCCCCUCUGCUUCACUCCCGGUCGGGCACGUGACGGAACGGUUGGUGCAGCGGCGGCAGCUGGCAAGUGUGUGUGAGGAGGAGGAGGGGAGAACCGCUUCCCCACGAUCAUGGAUAUAAAACCGCUUUUAUGUUUAACCUUCCUGGUUCUUGGUUUGGUGAUGAUAAAUGCCCAUGAUGGGCAUCACCAUAGUCAUCACCAUCACGACCAUGACCACGAUCAUGAUGAUGGACUAGAUAUAGAAGAUGACAUAGAUGAUAUCCUUGAUGAUACCGAAGAGCCAAAGCCAGAAACCAGCACUCCACCCCCUCCUCCUAAGGUUACUUACAAAGCACCCAUCCCAACUGGUGAAGUCUAUGUUGCAGAGUCAUUUGACAAGGGAACAUUGGAUGCGUGGGUUCUUUCCAAGGCCAAGAAGGAUGACACUGAUGAGGAGAUUGCAAAAUAUGAUGGCAAAUGGGAAGUGGCUGAGAUGAAAGAGACUAAACUCCCCGGGGACAAAGGACUUGUGCUGGCGUCACGCGCCAAGCAUCAUGCAAUUGCCAUCAAGCUUAAAAAGCCAUUCGUCUUUGAUAAGAAGCCUUUGAUUGUGCAGUAUGAAGUGAAUUUUCAGAGUGGAAUAGAAUGUGGAGGAGCGUAUGUGAAGCUGCUGUCAAAGACCUCUGAUCAGAAUCUGGAUCAGUUCCAUGAUAAGACACCUUACACAAUCAUGUUUGGACCUGACAAGUGUGGUGAAGAUUACAAACUGCACUUUAUCUUCCGUCACAAAAACCCUAAGACUGGGGAGUAUGAAGAGAAGCAUGCAAAGAGACCAGAUGCAGACCUGAAAUCCUUCUUUACAGAUAAGAAGACCCAUCUGUAUACCUUAAUCUUGAAUCCAGACAACACUUUUGAAGUCCUAGUUGACCAGACAACUGUGAACAGUGGAAGCCUGCUCAAUGAUGUGAAUCCCCCUGUCAACCCACCCAGUGAAAUUGAGGAUCCUGAUGACAGGAAACCAGAAGAUUGGGAUGAGCGACCAAAAAUACCUGAUCCUAAUGCUGUGAAGCCUGAUGACUGGGAUGAAGAUGCUCCUGCUAAGAUUCCAGAUGAUAACGCAGUAAAACCUGAAGGCUGGCUGGAUGAUGAACCCGAAUACAUUGCUGACCCUGAUGCUGAGAAACCUGAAGACUGGGAUGAAGAUAUGGAUGGUGAAUGGGAGGCACCACAGGUAGCAAACCCCAAAUGCGCUUCUGCACCUGGCUGUGGAGCUUGGCAGAGACCAACAAUUGACAACCCUAACUACAAAGGAAAAUGGAAGGCACCAAUGAUUGAUAACCCCAGUUACCAGGGCAUCUGGAAACCACGCAAAAUCCCCAAUCCGGAUUUCUUUGAGGACAAGGAACCAUUCAAGAUGACUCCAUUCCAUGCUAUGGGUCUGGAAUUGUGGUCCAUGACUGCUGAUAUUUUCUUUGACAAUUUUAUCAUUUGCUCAGACAGAGCUGUGGCUGAUGAAUGGGGGAAUGCUGGAUGGGGUCUGAAGAAAGCUGCUGAUGGCGCCGCUGAGCCCAGCGUUGUUGGGCAAAUGAUGGCUGCCGCUGAGGAGAGACCAUGGCUCUGGGUAGUCUACAUUCUCACUGUGGCCCUGCCAGUCUUCCUGGUCAUUCUGUUCUGUUGCUCAGGCAAGAAGCAGACUUCAGAUGCUAGCCACAAAAAGACAGAUGCUCCACAACCUGAUGUAAAGGAAGAAGAGGGGGAGGAAAAAGAAGCCAACAAGGAGGGUGAGGAGGAGGAGGAGGCUGCGGAGGAGCAAACUGAAGAGCAGGCUCCUGAAGAAGAGGAGGCAGAUGGUGGACAUGGAAGCAACAAAGAGGAGGAAGAAGAGGAGGAGGAGGAGGAAGAUGAAGAUCAAGAGAAUGAAAGCAAACCUCAGGAAGACGAUAUAAUGAGAAGAUCCCCCAGAAAUCGAAAACCUAGGAGGGAUUAAAAAAUGUGGGAAACAGAUUCAUCAACGAACUUGAAUUAUAUGGCAAAUUUAAUAUAAAAAGCUUGCAGUUUCUACAGAGUUGCAACAAAAGACGACCACCCUGGUUCUCCGUAUACUGAAGCCACAAGAUGUGUGUCCCACACGUCCCAGCCGAGAACGCAGCGUGUCUACAACUGUGGCAAAAAAACAGUCCAUGAUUUCUGUGUUUAACCUUAGUUUACUUCUCUGUGGGGGAUAUGCAGUGUAUGAUAAACUAACUGUACUGUUUCUUUUGAUUUUAAAGAUCUUUUUUAAGAAGAACAAUAUAGUAUUGCCAAACUCUUCCAAACGUCAGUGUAAUGAAAUGUAUUAAUCCUAGAGAAAGAAGUCAUGGAAAACAUUAGGAAAUUGUUAGCCAUUAAAAGCAGAGGUUCUUUCCCUAAGAGCUUGUUUGGUCUAUCCACCAACCUUAUAACUCACUCUCCUUUAUUUGUCUUUCUUGUUUUUUUAUUUUUUUUUACCUUUUUUGGUUUUUUGCCUCUUCCUGUCUUUGAAUACUCCCUAACCAUGCAGUCCAUGCAGAUUGGGUUCUAGAAGGCAUGUUUCUACCCUAAUUCCAUGCAUGCUGCCUCUGGGUUCUGUUAAGCCACCUGCACUGUCUGAUAAAAGUUGGCCUUACGGACCAUAACCCACGAACCCAUGAAGUUGUCUUUAAACACGUUCAAGACCAUGUCCCUUUUCUGUAUGUGUGCGCGCAUAUGUAAAUAUAAAUAUAUACAUACAGUAUAUCAUU